AUGCAAGAUGUCCUAGAUGCCAAAUUGUGGGUAUGCCACCAGAAGAAGCUCAAGUUUGAGAAUGGCUACUUUCUGGAAUAUAGCCCACAGAUGUGUCGGUUGCUCUGCAACAAUCUCUUCACAUUCCAUAUGGAGCUUGAAAAGGUUGUCGUCUCUAUUGCCAAACUGUCAUAUGAUAUCUUCCUGAAGGGCACCACAAUGACCAGUGGUUACCUCCGAAUCCCUGACUCGUCUAAUGGCAAAUUCAAGAAUUUUGUAUCACAGGCUCUCAAGGAUGUUUGUUUUGAGUUUUUCUACAGCAACAGCAAGAAAGCACUGAAGAACACAGAUGACUUCCACAAGACAAUCCCUGUCAAUGACCUCAUUUUCAUGGCAGUGGUCGUACACUACACAAUGAAGGGUGUUAUUUCUGGGUUCAGCAAAACUGGCACCAACAAAGUGCCUGAACUCUCCGCUGAUAGAUGCAGGACCAACUUCGACAAGUUGCUCGACAUUCUGGAACAUCGUGAAGAGCUUGAAGAAAUGGUGGAGCAAUGGGCUAAGAUUGGUAUGGGCGAAUUUGAUUGGCAUGUAGAUGGGAGUGAUGCAGGCAGUGAUGUGAGGGACAUCAAUAUCAUACUCUAA